AUGGUUGAAUUUACUUCAGAUCUGCACCCAGGUGUAACGGACAAAAAUCACGUUAGUGAAAUACAAAGACUAACCAAAGAAUCAGACGAGUUGAAUCAUCGCGUCACCUACCUCCACAAAACGCUGCAGGAACGCGAAGGAAAGUUGGAACAACAGGAGACGGAACUGGCACGGCAAAAGGAGGAGAGCGCCACUGCUAAGAAGAAGACACAUGGUCUUGAGAUUGAGAUGAAGUCUCUGCGUGAGGAGAUGACGUACAAAGAUGAACGGCUGCGCCAAUUGCAAGUUCAACAUGUAGGUUCCAAAUGCAUGCGUUUUUAA